AUGCAUAUUUAUGAAAUAAAUAUUGACAGCGAAUUGAAAAGGUUUUGGGAGUUAGAAGAAGUGCCAAAUUCAACUGACACUGUAUUCUCACCUGAAGAACAAUUUGUUGAAACACAUUUUCGGGAAAAUUACUCAAUUAAUUCAGAUGGUCGUUUUGUGGUGAAGUUGCCAUUUUUAAAAUCUAAAUCUGAAUUAGGUAAUUCAAAACCAGCUGCACUUUCUCGAUUAUAUGCUAUGGAACCAUCCACCGCAUCUCAGCUUAUGGGUAAUCUACCUAAGCAUCGUGUAACACUCGAGAGGCCUUUCUUCAACUGCGGAGUGGACUAUGCCGGUCCUAUUUCAAUCAAAUUCAACAAGGGUCGUGGAGCAAAAUCAACCAAGGGUUACAUUGCUCUAUUUAUUUGUCUCGCUACUAAGGCACUACACAUCGAGGCAGUGAGCGAUUUAACCGCUGAUGCAUUUUUAGCUGCUUUGCGUCGCUUCAGUGCUAGACGAGGAGCUCCAAGUCACAUUUACAGCGACAAUGCAACAAACUUCGUUGGGGCUAAUCGAAAACUCAGCGAAAUACAACGAUUGUGGGCCUCACUUCCUAAGAACGAAGCCGUUGCUCAUCAUUUAACUCAAGCAUCAAUAGAAUGGCACUUUAUACCUCCAGCAUCUCCUCAUUUCGGAGGAAUUUGGGAGGCCGCAAUUAAAUCAACCAAAUAUCACUGUAAAAGAGUAAUAGGUGAAACGCUACUUACUUUCGAAGAAUUGACAACUCUAUUGGCUCAGAUAGAAGCCAUUUUAAAUUCUCGUCCGUUAUGUAGUGUAAACAAUACUGACAUUGAUUGCAUUAAUAUUCUCACUCCUUCACAUUUUCUUACAGGAGACGUGAUCCUAUCCCCUCCUGAACUACCUCUUACUAGUCCUGCCUAA